AAUUUGUUGCUCUUAUUUUGGGCAUCUAUGGUCAUUUUCCACCCCUAUUUUCUUUUCCCAAACUUAAAACUCCAAUUUCUUUUCUCAUCAUUUUCUUUUGCAUUCACGGUUCCCCGGUGGCCGGCAGCCGUAGACGCGUCUCCGAUUUCUUUCUUCCAGUUGCCCCUCGCCGGAAAAUAUCUUCCUUCUCUUGCUAACUGCCUAUCUGCUGCACUCACGACGACACGCUGAUUUCUGCGUGUUUAGAGAGGCUUUCUAAAAGUUGAUGUUUGUUCAAGGAAGUGGAAUUUCGGAUUGAGAUUUGUCGAUCAAGGAUUCUUUUCCUCUCUUCUUUAUGGGUUUAAGUAAAACUGAAAUCAACUUGAAGCGGCUGCUGGCAACUGCCCCUCAUCAGAAGGAUCAGGCUAAACUUAUACAUUAUGUGACUACUCUAAGAGAACAGUUGGAGCAACUUGCAGAAGAGAAAACACCCGAAGGCUUAUCAAGUUUCUUUGUGCAGAGUUUCAAAGGCUUUGCUUGGCGAUUAUUCAGAGAAGAUAGAGGCCAUUGCUUCAAAAUUAGCUGUUCCUUUGAUGCUAACAUCUCAGGAGCUUCAUUUCUUGUGCUUGCACGUGGUGCAGUUUUGUCUCUUUUAUUUAAGGUUUUGGUCAACUUGCAGCCUGAUGUGGAAGAGUCUUCUGAGCCCUCUACAAGUACUUCUGCUAGAGAAAUAUCUUCUGUAGCAGAAGGAGAUUUGAACACCCCCAGUUCACCUUCGGGACUAAGGAGGAGAUUUCUGGCAUCCUCUAUUGUAGAGGAUAGAUCUCAUGGCACCAUCAAAGAAGACUCCUCAGCACCUGUCAAGUUGGAUGCUGCAGCAAUAUCCCACAUCGAGAAACACAGGAAGCUUCAAGAGGAUUUGACUGAUGAAAUGGUUGGGUUAGCAAAGCAAUUGAAAGAGAGCAGUCUGAUAAUGAGCAAAUCUUUGGAGAGCACUGAAAAGAUACUAGAUUCCACAGAGAAGGCUGUUGAGGAUAGCUUGGCAACCACCGGUCAGGUCAACAAACGUGCCGUCCAGAUUUACUCUGAGAGCUCAAAAACUUCAUGCUUCACUUGGUUGGCAAUUUUCGUCAUGACCUGUGUUUUCGUAAUGGUUGUGCUUCUCAUUCGCGUUACAUGAAAUAUUAGGAACUAAUUUACAUUACCAGUAAAAGGCUCAAGCAUUCUUGAAUUUUGUAUACACACACUAUCAAGGAAAAAUGAAAGCUAGAAGAUUACCUAUUAUAUAGAAUCACCGUUUGUAAUUUCAACUCAUCAAUGAAAUUUUUGUUUCCUAUCAAACAAAAGAAAUCAAAGCCAGAAGAAUUGAUAGUGAGAA